UGUAACUUCCCGUUCGAAUCCAUGGUGGAGUUGAACGAGCAUGUCGCAGAGACCCAUAUUGGCAGCGGCAAAGCCUGCUAUAGCUGCGACUGGCAGGGAUGUCCGAGAAUGAUGAAGCCCUUCACAAAGCGGCACAAGAUGUAUAACCACCUGCGGACACAUACUGGAGAGCGCCCCUUCAAAUGUCUUGUCCCUGGCUGUGAUAAGAAAUUCUCUCGUCCAGACUCGUUGACGACCCACACUAAGACGCAUUCCAAUAUCCGCCCCUAUGUGUGUGCCGUGGAGGGUUGUCCCAAGGCCUACUAUCACGCGCGGUCACUCAAGAAGCACGAGCUCGCGCAUGAAUCGAAGCAAGGAGGGGGGGUU